AUGGUUUGUAGCGGAGGGGCAGAAUCUAAAUCUUCGUUGAUGGACGAGUCGUCCGGUUGGCUCUUUCUUCUGUUUCUCAAGGUAUUAUUUUUGGUGACACCCAAGGAAUACAAAUCCUUGAUGGAAAUUCCGGUUUCUUUCAGCUUUUUCACCGCAUCAAGAUACUUCGUAACGUCGUUCGAGUCCAGUAAAACAGAUCCGAGUGAAGAAAGCCGGUCUGCUAAUGGACAGUCCUUGUUGGUGAGGCUCGACUCUUUGAACGUUGAGGCCUCCUCUUGGAUUGUAGAGUUAGUCACUGAUUCGUGCGGCACCAUUGGCGAUGACUCGGCAUUUAACUCGGUGGUGUCAGACUCCGCAAGAGAGUACGAAGAUGGGUUCUUUAUGUCCUGGCCUUCAAUGAAGAAAUCAAGAGGUUUAUGCGCAUUCUCCUGA